CAGUGUGAGUGAGAUAAAUAUAUGUUAUCGUUUGAUUCUCUAGUCGAGCUGAGCAGCGACAGAAUUUAGCUUUUAAAGUAAAAUUUGACUAGACUUGUCGUUAGUAUAGACAGAUUGCAUGGGACGAAGCGUAUAUAGUUGUGAAGUGAAUUUUAUGUUUAUGAAAUAAACAUCACUUAUCUCGUGGAAGACGUAUGAAUGGUGCAAACUCUUUAUAAGAUCAGCUGCGAAACUAAAGUUAAUUUCAUGAGUCCCCCCAGCUUAUUCAUUUGUCAUGUCAAAAAUUGAAUCUGCCAUCAAUCUGCUGCUCCAAGAGGCGGAAGAUCUACGAAUUGGAAGCAGCAUCUCGGAGCUAGACCACCUCCCCACUGCCUUGGAGUUUUGCCGCGACUACUACGCUAAAAACUCGCCGGUCGUCAUUCGCAAUGCGCUAUCCUGGCCGGCCAUUGGCAAAUGGACACCGGACUACCUGAUUAAGAAACUGGACGACAGGAUUGUGGAUGUGGCCGUCACACCGAAUGGCUACGCAGAUGGUCUGGCCACCCAAAAAGGGCGAGAGUAUUUUGUCCUGCCACUGGAGAAGCAAAUGAAGCUAUCGGAGCUGGUGCAGCGGCUCGACGAUCCCAUGGGUGCCAUCCACUAUGUACAGAAGCAAAACUCCAACUUAAGUCUGGAUUUCCCGGAGCUGGCCAGCGAUCUGGUGAUAAGUGACUUGGACUUUGCCCAACAGUCCUUCAAUAAGCCACCAGAUGCCGUUAACUUUUGGCUCGGGGACGAGCGCGCCGUAACCUCGAUGCACAAGGAUCCCUAUGAGAAUAUGUACUGUGUGAUAUCCGGCUAUAAGGACUUCAUUCUAAUACCCCCACAUAAGCUGAGCUGUGUUCCGCGCAGCACUUAUCCCACCGGCGUCUACAAGACAUCGGAUUCUGGGCAGUUCUAUAUAGAUCCGCUGACAGACGAAGAUGGUGUGGAACAGCUGACGGAGUGGGUCAGCAUAGAUCCGCUGGCCCCCGACCUGGCCAAGUAUCCAGAGUAUGCCCGGGCCAAGCCUCUGAAAGUGCGCAUCCAUGCCGGCGAUGUUCUGUACCUGCCCAACUACUGGUUCCAUCAUGUCCGCCAGAGCCACAAAUGCAUUGCCGUCAAUUUCUGGUAUGAUUUGGACUACGACAGUCGCUACUGUUACUAUCGCAUGCUGGAGGAGCUAAAUAGUAAGAAAGGCUAGCCCCAAUGCUGCUGUCGACAGUCCUGCCCUGCCGGGAACAGCCCACCCUCCUCAGAACACAGUGUUACGUAUAGUCAGUGUUUAUUUAAUUGUUAUAUAAUGUAUUUUAAAGUAAAAAUAACUAAAACUCAAA